AGCAGGAGGAGAUCUCAACCUCCACUUCCUGACUAUUCUCUCCCAACUAUUCCUCCUUCCCUCUCUGAAUUUUCUCUGGCUUUUCACUCCCAUUCCUCCUUCGCCCCUCUGCAAAUUUUAGGGCAAACUUAGAUCUCUGCCGAGGAUUCUUCUUCUACGCUCUGCUACCUGAUUUCGGUGCUCUGAUUCUAGGUUGUUUCAGAAUUGUUUUCGUUUCUUUGUUCCUCCUCGUUUUUCAUGCUUCUCCUCUGAAUUAUACCUGCAAUGGACUCGAUAUGGAGCCACACUGGCGCGCCAGACGCCUUGCAUUUUGUCAUCGCCGUCCAGUUCGCCUUCGGCUUUUACGCUGCGAGGUUCCUACUCGACAGAUUCAUUUUUCGUAGGUUCGCAAUUUGGCUGUUGAGCAAAGGAGCUGCUCCGCUGAAACUUGAUGAGGCUACCCAGUCAAAGGUUGUAAAAUGUUCGGAAUCAAUGUGGAAACUAGCAUACUAUGGUACUGUUGAAAUAUGCAUUUUAAAAAUUGCAUAUAAUGAACCAUGGUUUAGAGAUUCAAAUCAAUACUUCAAAGGCUGGCCAAAUCAGGAGUUGCAGCUUCCUCUAAAACUAUUCUAUAUGUGCCAAUGUGGGUUCUACUUAUAUAGCAUUGCUGCUCUUCUUAUAUGGGAGACUCGGAGAAAGGACUUCUCUGUCAUGAUGUCUCAUCAUGUAAUUACUGUUAUCUUGAUCGGAUAUUCAUAUAUGACGAGAUUUUUCCAGAUUGGAUCGGUUAUUCUUGCCCUCCAUGAUGCAAGUGAUGUCUUCAUGGAAGCUGCCAAGGUUUUUAAAUAUUCUGAAAAAGAACUCGGAGCAAGUGUUUUCUUUGGAUUUUUUGCUGUUACAUGGCUCGUAUUGCGGCUUAUAUUCUUCCCAUUCUGGGUUAUAAAAUCAACAAGCUAUGAUCUCUGUGAGUACUUGAAGCUAUCAGAUGCGAAUUCCAGAUUGAUAUACUAUGUUUUCAACACGAUGUUGUUGAUGUUGCUUGUGUUCCACAUAUACUGGUGGUUGCUCAUAUGCUCCAUGAUCCAUAGACAGCUGAAAAAUAGGGGAAAAGUUGGAGAGGAUAUAAGAUCUGAUUCGGAGGAUGACGAUUAGAUGAAAGAUCUGUUGAAGAGUACUUUUUGCACUGAUUAGUGAUGGUAGCUGUGGGGUAAUUACUUUUGUAUUUCUCGUCUACAUUGGUCCAACGGGUUAGAGAAGUUACUUUCAUUUUAUCACUUCGCCUCCAUUUUUAGUGGGUAGGGAUACAAAUGUAUGGCCAUUGAGAGUAUCACUUCUCUAUAUAUUUGGUUUAUGAAUAGGAGAUUGGUGCAUCCUUUGUUAAGGAUCCCAUCUUCUGUGGGGAUGGAGAGGAGGGUUGGCUGGGGCUUUACCAGAGUUGAGAGGCGAAGAAAAAACAGAAAGUCUGUUGCAUUAUGUAGCACUUUUUGCUCUUCUAUUUCUUAGGAGAUUGUUGAGGUUUUGCAAUAAGCAUCAUCAUAUUAGGCCAGAAUUUGUGUUGAAUAUAAUAUUCUUCUGAACAGUGAAACAAAGUGCCUUCACAAUGCAUCUUGUUUGUACUGCAAAUGUGUUGGGACAAUCUACAAAA